UUUGAGACAGAGAGAAUGAGAUAGAGCAUGAGAGGGAGGAGGGUCAGAGGGAGAAGCAGACUCCCUGCCAAGCAGGGAGCCCGAUGCGGGACUCGAUCCCGGGACUCCAGGAUCAUGACCUGAGCCGAAGGCAGUCGCUUAACCGACUGAGCCACCCAGGCACCCCACUGUUCUUGUUCUGAUCAUAAAUCCUCUCCACCUCCUGGGCUGGAUUAUUUCAGGCUGCAUACCUACACAGAAUGCACCCACUGAAUUAUCCCACCAAUUUAAACCCAGCAGAAGACUAGCUUUUCUUGCUUAAGCCAGAGUGGAACUGGAAAGGGAGUUGGGGAUACAAUAAGAGGGUUAAAGUUUAGACAGGACUCAGGCUGGGGAAUUGACCUUUGACCACAGAUAAAGAACGCCGGCGCAGCUCCCCCCCCCCCCCCCCCCCCCGCCAUGUGCUGUGCGCGAAGAGAUACCAGGCUCUCAGGGCAUCGGGAGGGAAGGAGAUAUAAGAGAAGGAAGCUGCAGCAGAGCAGAAAGGAAAGAAAAGGAGGAGCCGAAAAGCAAGCAGUUGCCUUGAACACAGCAGAGUGUCUGCUCACUGUCAGUAUCACUCCCGCUCAGCGCCCCAUGCCAUGGAUAUAAUAUUUGGCAGAAAUGAGAAGGAGCAGCUGGAACCUGUGAGGGCCAAAGUGACAGGCAGGAUUCCCACAUGGCUGCAGGGCACCCUGCUGAGCAACGGGCCUGGAAUGCACACAGUGGGGGAGACUAGGUACAACCAUUGGUUUGAUGGCCUGGCCUUGCUCCACAGCUUCACAGUUAGAGACAGUGAAGCCUAUUACAGGAGCAAAUACCUGAGAAGUGAUACCUACAACGUCAACGUCGAGGCCAACAGGAUUGUGGUGUCAGAGUUUGGAACGAUGGCCUAUCUGGACUCCUGCAAAAACAUAUUUUCCAGAGCAUUCACCUACUUGUCCCAUACCAUCCCUGAUUUCACAGACAACUGCCUGAUUAACAUCAUGAAGUGUGGAGAAAACUUCUAUGCGACCACAGAGACCAAUUACAUCAGGAAAAUCAACCCACAGAAUCUGGAAACCCUGGAGAAGGUUGAUUAUCGCAAAUACGUGGCUGUAAAUCUGGCAACAGCACAUCCUCAUUAUGAUGCAGCCGGAAAUGUUCUUAAUAUGGGCACAUCCAUCAUGGACAAGGGGAAGACGAAAUAUGUGAUCUUUAAGAUCCUUGCCACUGUACCAGAGGACAAGAAGGGGAAGAACCCCUCGAAGCACAUGGAGGUGUUCUGCUCCAUCACCUCCGGCUCCCUCCUCUCCCCGAGCUAUUACCACAGCUUCGGAGUCACCGAGAACCACAUCGUUUUCCUCGAGCAGCCUUUCAAGCUAGAUAUCCUCAAAAUGUCAACUGCAUACAUCCGGGGAGUGAACCGGGCCUCCUGCCUGGCUUUCCACAAGGAGGACAAGACUUACAUUCACAUCAUCGACCAGAGGACCAGGAAGCCUGUGCCCACCAAGUUUUCCACGGACCCCGUGGUGGUCUUUCAUCACGUCAACGCCUACGAGGAGGAUGGCUGCCUUCUGUUUGACGUCAUCACCUACGAGGACAGCAGCCUUUACCAGCUCUUCUACUUGGCCAACCUGAACCAGGACUUUGAGGAGAACUGCAGGCUCACCUCCAUCCCCACCCUCAGGAGGUUCGCUGUGCCCCUCAAUGUGGACAAGGAUGCAGAAGUGGGCUCAAAUUUAAUCAAACUGGCAUCUACAACAGCAAGAGCCCUGAAGGAAAAAGAUGACCAAGUCUACUGCCAGCCGGAGUUGCUUUAUGAAGGCUUAGAGCUGCCUCGGAUCAAUUACGCUCACAACGGAAAGCCAUACCGCUAUGUCUUUGCUGCUGAAGUUCAGUGGAGGCCCAUCCCAACCAAGAUACUGAAAUAGGAUGUUCUCACAAAGUCAUCCUUAAAAUGGGGACAGGAGCACUGCUGGCCAGCAGAACCCCUGUUUGUACCCACACCGGGUGCCAAGGACGAGGAUGACGGGAUUAUCCUAUCAGCCAUCGUCUCUACUGAUCCCCAAAGGCAGCCUUUUCUGCUUAUUCUGGAUGCCAAAAGUUUUACAGAAUUGGCUCGUGCAUCCAUUGAUGUAGAGAUGCACCUGGAUCUCCAUGGGUUAUUCAUCCCGGACACAGACUGGGACAAGAGGAAGCAGGCCCCUUCCCAGGAAGAGCGGGACGGGGCACCAGAUUGCCUCGUGGCCCCUCAGAGCUGACUGGGUUGGGGCCUGGGCCCUGGGCAGAACCGCUCCACUGGCAGGCUCCCACAGGACUCCAGGCUUGCUCCCUCUCUGAAUGAAGGGGAGGUCCUUCAUUUCGCUUUGCACUUAUUCUUUGUGUGACUGCUUUGAGACAAAGGUAUGGAAAUAGUGCUUGUCAGUAUCUUUUCUUUCAACUUAUUUUGGCUAUAAAAACCUUAUUUGAAAGUGGAUCAAAUGUUUAUUGAUUAGCUCAAGCACUUCUAAGAAAGCCCUUUUCCUUUAUUAUAAUGAUGGUGACCAGAAAUUGUAUUAAGUCACAUAAUCAUCCUUCUUAGAAUGGGCAACCACUGGCAUCUCAGAGAAGAGACGAGUAAAUAUUUAUCACUGCUCCUUCCUGCCGCCCCUUCUCUCCCUCUUUCCAGUAGACUAGCUUGUGCAUCUAGGAGUUCUAACUUUCUCCACCAUGCCCUGUUAGUAAAUUGUGUGGCCAGGAAGGCAUAUUGCUUUGUGGUCAUUCCAUGCAAGGCAUGGCAUAAUUUAAAAUAAUAAAAACUUCAAAGUCUGUUCCAACCUUAUUUAAUUUUUGCAUGGCUUCUUUCCUCUCAAGUUCUUCUAUGGCAAUAAAAUAGAAGAGCUGGCCAGUUUGUAGCCUGUUAGAUGCCCCAUUGUACACCCAGUGGGACAGCAGAUUGGUGUGGGCAUCCCCCUUUGCAGGAGGGGGUGGCGGGCUGGCCGCUGACCCAACUAACCAUGGUCAGGGGGCUAGAAUCCAGGAUUGAGGCCCAGGCCUGGGCUGGUAUGAGGAGUUCUUGCUGAAAACUGGGGCAGUGAGCCAUGCCAGUGUCUGUGGUUCCCCAAGUAGGUUCCCCAAGCUGAAUGUGCUGCCAGGAUGGGCCAGGUGUUUGCACAGAGAUGAAAGGAGGUUGGUGGUGGCGAUGGUGGAAGCUGGGAACAAGCCAAGAAGGGUCCCACGUGAGCACCAGGAACCCCCAUAGAUAGUUGAGUCUCACCUUUGUAGUCUAGUGGGUGCCUGGUUUAGGACCCAAAGGCAGGCUGAAUAAUUCCAAUGUACCCAUGUCAUGGGGUUAGGGGAGCUGGGAGUCCACCCUUAUUCUGCACCUGCCUCCUGCCCUAAGUCUGGAUUUCAUUUGGUUACUGGUAGGGAUUCAAUGGCAUCUCUCGAAGACAGGAAGGAAUCUCUGGUGACACUGCAUGGAGUACCCCAGAGGGCAGACCUCUCAAGGAUGGUCUUGGCUUUUGCCCUCUGCCCACCAUGAAGCCAUACUUAGCUCCCACUCAAAUGGAGGCUCCAUCAGGUCUGGGGGUUGGGUUUUGUUUGGGGGGUGUUUUUUUGGACAUUUUUAUUGGAAUAAUUGUAGAUUCAUGUAUAAUUCUAAGAAAUAAUACAAAAGAGAUCCUCCAUGGACUUUACCUGGUUUUCCCAAUAGUAGCAUUAUAGUACAGUAUUGCAACCAGGAGGAUCCUGACAUUGAUUCAAUCCACAGAUCUUUUUCAGAUCUCCCAGUUUUACUUGUACACAUUACUAUGUGUGUUUAGCUCUAUGCAAUUUUAUCAUAUGUGUAAAUUCCUAUAUCCACCACCACAGUCAAGAUAUUGAAUGGCAUUCGUGUGGUGAUUUUUUUUACCACUAUACCAACUUUCUCCCACCAUGACCCUCCCACCCCAUCCCUAGCCCCUGGCAAGCACCAUUUCUAAAAUUCUGUCAUUUCAAAACUGUUAUAU